AUGGAGAGAGACCAAGAAAAUAUGCAAUUUCUUGGUUUAGUUGGCGUCUACAAAGAAUCCUACAUGAUCAUGAUUUCAUGGAAGAAGAUCUUUAGCCUGAUUACCUUAAUUCUAAUCCUCCCACUCUCCGUCAUCUUCUUGUUUAUGGAAGUAUCCCCACACUUUUGCGGGGACAUUUCCUAUUACUCCAAACCCCACUUUGUACCACGCAUACACCCAAGGCACACUGAUGAAACAAUCUCCUCACAAUUGCUCUCAUUCAUCCUCUUCAAACUCGAAUACUUUGUUGUCUUUGUUCUCAUGGGCUGCUUCUCCCUUCACCCUACCUCUGCGGUGGUUUACACUGUCACUUCUGUCUACACCGACGGAAGUGACGGCGUAACCUUCAAUAAGGUCAUGAACAUUGUGCCAAAGGUUUGGAAGAGGCUUGUGAUAACUUUUGUGUGCACAAUCUUGGCUUUUUUUGUUUACAACGUUGUUGUGCGGUUAGUGAUCAUAUUCAUAUGGCCAAUUAUUAUUAGAGAAAAAAAUUAUGGGACUGUAAUUUAUGUGGUCAUAUGGGUCUUAGAUUCACUUGGACUUUUGUACUUGACCACGAUUUGGCAACUAGCUAAUGUUGUGAGCAUGUUAGAAGACUCUUGUGGAUUCAAAGCCAUGAUGAAGAGCAACGAGUUGAUAAAGGGGAAGAAGUUUUUGUCUAUAAUCAUCAAUUAUAUGUCUAACUAUUCCUUCUUUUCGAUACAGUUGUUGUUCUCUGAGGUUGUUCUAAACGGUUGGAAGAUGCAGGUUGAUGUGGGCUUUGUGUGGAGAAUACCACUUGGGGUUUUGUGUGUCUUGGUGUUUUGUUUUAUGUUCCUUUUGAUGCUUGUGAUUCAAACUGUGCUCUAUUUUGUUUGCAAGUCCUACCACCAUGAGACUAUUGGAAAGUCUGCAUUAUCAGAACAAUUGGAAGUUUAUCAAGGAGAACAUGAGCAACAGAAGGUUGGCGUGACACAGGACUCCCAUGUGUGA